UGCAUUUGCGAAUCAGAUAAAGAGAAGCGCAGCUCGAACGCGGUGCGAUUUGUGCGCUCUCUUAUUACUUUGUUAUUAGUUGAGAGGUAGUACGAAGGUACUCUAGCAGAUACCUUGUCGUACAUCAUAAAAGUGAAGGAAAUGUCUGCUGUCGAAGAAGCUAGCGAGCUGAAAGGCGGCCAUCCUCCUGCAGUCAAGGCUGGUGGCAUGCGGAUCACACAGCACAAACCAGGAGGUGCUACUCAUGAGAAAGCCCCUGAGCUUAAAAAGGAUGAAGGGGAUGAUGCUGAUGAACAAGUCUGUGCUAGCCCUCCGAAGCAGCACCUUGUCAUUUCGGGAGUAGUUGCCAGGGGGGAUGCCGACUUUCCUGCAGAGGCAGUACAGGCUUUCCACAACAAGCCACACCCAUCGCAUGAGUAUAGGGCCUCCUCCUCCAAGCCAACUAUUAUCCAGCAGCCUAGGAAGUAGGCAUUUCUGUGCUUAUGACAGUGUAUUGUGUCAUUUGCCAGCUUUGAUGCAGUUACUGAGAAUGUUUGCGCUUUAUCGUUCGGACCAAUUUCAGUUUGUUCUUCAGUGCACUGUCACUGCUGGUGCCUCUUAUUUUUUCGCUAUGAAUGUUUUGCUUUUGCAGGUAUAUUGUUUUGGUUUAUUUUUUAUAUUGACCAUGCUGUGUCAAAUUGAUUUGGGGCAAUUAUAAUCUUUGGCACUUACGCUUUCUUAUCCUUCUGUAUGGCAGGGCUCUUUCUAUUCCCCUGGUAUAUUUUUUUGAGUGAAACCUCCUGCAGGGUUUCUUGUACCACUGUUUUCAUUUUAAUAAACUUAUGGUCUUGGCA